AUGGAUUUUAGCCCGCCGCCUUCGUCGGCCCUUUGGAACGGCCAGGCCCCAUCCCCGGAGAAGUCGAGCCAGAUCUUGAUCCGCGAAUACCCCCAUCGCGCCAUUGCCAUUGCCUCCACCACUCAUGCUUUGAUACUGCGACACAGCGCGAUAUCGCCCGACGUCGGAGCAAAUGGGUCCAUGACCUCCCUCCCGCCGACUCGCCCGUUCGCGAGCCCCCUCGAAAGCUCCAGCUCCAAGUGCAUGGUCGAAUUCUCACCGACGACGAACCGGCUGCUGGCCGACUACCGACCCCUGACGCCGCGGCCCAUCUACGGAACACUAGGGCUGAUAUCGAUUGGGCGGGAUGUCUUUCUGUGUGUCAUUACUCAGGCGUCUCGAGUAGCCACAGUCCGCCCGGGAGAGACGGUAGAGAGGAUUGAGAGUGUUCAGUUCUUUUGCUUGAACUCGGCCGAGUAUGACGACGUUAUUGUUGUCGACCCCUACGACGUGGACCUGGACGCCGCGUCCGUCUAUGGUCAGAACCUGGGCCGGAGAGAGGUGCCAAUAGAGCACCCGUGCCAGGAUCUCCAGAAGCUUCUUGGCAACGGUACUUUCUACUAUAGCACCGACUUUGACGUUACGAACCGCAUGCAAGACAGGCCGGCUGACGCUGUCGCAUUCGAUAUUGAUCAUUUUGACGAGUCUUUCCUAUGGAACGGUUACAUGAUCCGGCCGCUUGUCGAAUUUCGUUCUCGUCUGCAGCGACAAGACCGCGCCGCAUUGGAUGCCUCGAGGAUCCUGACGUCUGCAAUUCGAGGGUUCUGUAAGAGCUGGGCCAUCCCGCAGAAUUUGGCUCCCUUGAGGUCUUCCAAGACAGGGCUGCCCUCGUACCUGACAGUUAUUUCGCGCCUGUCAUGCAAGAGAGCCGGUACGAGGUUCAAUUCGCGUGGAAUUGACGACGACGGAAACGUGGCCAAUUUUGUCGAAACCGAAACUACAUACUGGAGCCCGUCGGGCGCGGUAUUUUCGUACGCCCAAGUUCGAGGGUCUGUGCCUGUCUUCUGGGAGCAGCAAGCCGGGCUCUUGCCAAAUCAGCAGAAGAUCUCUAUCACCCGCUCGGUAGACGGAACGCAGCCGGCAUUUGACAAGCACUUUGCCGAACUGGAGCAGGCCUAUGGCGCAGUCCAUGUUGUGAACUUACUUAGCGCCUCCAAGCCUGGGGAGGUGGAGCUGUCGAAUCUGUAUAGGCACGGUAUCCAGAAUUGCCCCUUAAGCAGGCCAGGGGGGAGACUGUCGCAAGACCAUGCCCUGCUUAGAGGCACCGAGUACGAUUUUCAUGCGGAGACAAAGGGACCCCAGGGCUAUGAGGCGGCGAACCAGAUUCGGCGUUAUAUUGAAGACUCUGCCGACGGCUUCGCCUACUACCUUGCCGAAGAGUCUGACGAUGUCGAGCAAAAUGGACCGUCAAUUGGGACUAAAAACCGCCGUUAUGUGGUCGUUCUGCAGCAAGAGGGUGUCUUUAGGACAAACUGUUUGGAUUGCUUAGACAGGACAAACCUGAUCCAGACAAUUAUCUCGCAGAUGGCAGUUGAGGCUUUUCUUGGCCAUAGGGGCGAAACUGCGGCUUCUGACUUUUGGUCCCGCCACGCCAACCUAUGGGCUGACAAUGGCGACUCCCUGUCCAAGAUUUACGCUGGAACUGGCGCUUUAAAAUCUUCCUUUACCCGACAUGGCAAGAUGUCACUUGCUGGAGCCAUCGCCGAUGUCCGGAAAUCGGCCACGAGAUUAUACUACAACAACUUUGCGGACAAGGCGCGGCAGAUCACCAUUGAUACACUCCUGGGAAGGCUUGUUGGUCAGUUUCCGGUCGUCCUGUAUGACCCAAUCAGUGAUUAUGUCGCUGUCGAGCUACAACGCCGCAGCAGUGAGUUUUCGGCAAACGAGAAGAUCACCAUUCUGGUCGGGACGUUCAAUUUGAAUGGAAGGACGGAUGGCAUUAACGAAGAUCUGUCUCCGUGGCUUUGCCCACCCGAACUGGGUUCAACUCUGCCCGAGAUCAUUGCAGUAGGAUUUCAGGAGAUAGUUGAACUGAAUCCGCAGCAGAUCAUGAACAGCGAUCCAACUAGGAAACAGUUCUGGGAGAAGGCGAUUAAGAGGACGCUAGACAGACACUAUACUAGUGUGGGUGGUGAGAAGUACGUGUUGCUGCGGAGCGGGCAGCUCGUUGGAGCCGCUUUAUGCAUAUUUGUGAAAGCUUCAGUGCUGCAAAAUAUCAAGAACGUGGAGGGCAGCGUUAAAAAGACUGGCCUCUCAGGAAUGGCUGGGAACAAAGGUGCGGUUGCCAUCAGGUUCGACUACGCAAAUACUCCAAUAUGCUUCGUGACGGCGCACUUGGCAGCUGGAUUCAGCAACUAUGACGAGAGAAGCAAAGACUACGCGACCAUAGACCGAGGUCUACGGUUUCAGAGGAAUAGAGGAAUCGGCGAUCAUGAUUCUGUUAUAUGGUUUGGGGAUUUCAACUAUCGGAUCGGACUGGGUCUUGAGACUGUCAAGGAGCUUGUGAAGACAAGAAACUUGGAGAGACUGUACGAAAAUGACCAGUUGAACCUUCAAAUGGUGGCAGGCCUUGCCUUUCGCUUCUACUCCGAAGCCCGGAUUUCAUUUAUGCCCACAUACAAAUUCGACCUUGGUACCGAUGAAUAUGACUCCUCAGAAAAAGCACGUAUCCCGGCUUGGACCGACCGUAUUCUCCGGAAAGGAAACAAUCUUCGCCAGAUGUCAUAUAACUCAGCGCCACUACGCUUCUCUGACCACCGGCCUGUUUACGCCGCUUUUGGAUGCACGGUCAGUAUUGUUAACGAGAAGCUCCGCGAUAAGAUCAGUCGCGAGAUCUACGAACGAAGGAAAUCCGAGGUCGGCGGAGAUAUGGCAAAUCUAGCCGCCGAAGAAUCGGACGAGGAGGACCUCAUUGGCUAUGACGCUAUAGAGCCCGGCCUCCCGCCAGCUAGCUCUGACCGUCAGAAAUGGUGGCUGGAAAAUGGAAAGACGCCACGCUCCUCCAUCAGCCCGUCCAAGCCUGACAGCUCCGUUUACCAAACGAUUUUGAAUCCGAAGAGGCCGCCAAAUCCUUACGUGCCUACGGAUGAGCCUGAUUGGGUCAACGUCCCUAGAUCCGAAUCUCGCAUGUCGUCCUUCUCGAGCAUGUCUACGUCACCAUAUGAGCAUGUCAACCACUCGAUGCUACUCUCGGCUUCAGCCUCUAGUACUACUCCGAGAAAGCUCCCUCCUCCACAUGACCCAUCAGUACUUUCCGGUAAGAUGGGAAGGCUGCAGGUCAGCGAAGACUCGAGGAAUGCGCAAACCGAUAGCCCGCCCCCUCCGCCUCCUCCCCGAAGGCAGACCACCAUGGGCCCCAGCCCUACAAAGGGUGCCGCAAGUGAAGGAACCCAGUCCGCCCGAAGGCCAGGAAGCAAGCCGAUGCCAAUACCUCCUGUGCGCGCGAAGUCAGUGGCGGCUCAGAGGCCGUCAGAUUUCAAAUCACCGCCACCACCAGUGGCAAAGAAGCCUGCACAUCUAGCAGGUUCUACGUCGCCUAUCAGCAGCAGCAAGCCGCCUGCUUUGAAGUCGGAGCUGACAGCCAUUUAUGACGGGUUGAGAAACCGGCGGCCCGAACCCGCAAACCGGCCACCAGCAAGUACUCACGGCUCAUUCUCAAACAAUAUCGGCGCUGCCUCAAGGCUACCUUCGGGGAUGGGAAGCGUGGAGGAUGUAGACAGUUUACGGCCGCAACCGAUUACUAGGCGCCCCAACGCAAGCGUCAUUUCUUCGGAACGACGGACACCCAGUGGAGCAAUAGGCCUUGUUGGGCUCACUGAUCAGGAUCACAUCCCCAAGUUGCCGGUGCGGAAGGCUGUGGCUACAUUACACAAGUCGCCACCUCCAUCGGCCCCUCAGCGAACGCCAACGAUUGACCUUUUGGGGGACGACGGAGGUACGGAGAUGGGGGGCUGGGAAGCCUUGAAACCUUCGUAG